UCCAAAUGCUCUCCAUACAAUGUCACUCUCGGCUCUCACUUCAUAUACCGUGAAAUCCCGCCGUUCUACAUUAUGCCAUACUUUCCAAUGAACACAGAGGCCUUUGUGGUUUCAUGCCAACAUCCCAGCGCCGACCACGACAAUGAGACCUCAUCAGACCCGCCUAUACAUCCUCCAGCAUCUAUUCAAGUCAAAAACCGCCGGAAGAGAUACCUGGAAUUACACCCAGAGUAUUUCUCUUCUGGCCUCGAGUUAGCUGACCCUCUACUUUACGAUCGCUUGAUCCGACGAUUCCAAACGGCGAGUGAACGAGAAGAAGAGGGCCGUGCAAAGGGCUACUCCGGCGAGCUGGAAGCUGAUCUUAUGAGAGCCGAACUGAAAAUGGAGGCUCUGACGCAUCCUGAUCCAAACACAACGUUUACUUACUCUCGUGGGCCGCACGGAGAAAUUCUGGCUGAAGAGGAGGACGAGAUCCCCGCAACUCGAGAAGAGGGAAAAGAGAGGUGGAGAUCAGAGAUGGAAUUGAGAUUUCUGAGAGGAGCAGACCAAGAUUUUGAUUACGCUACUGUCGACGAGUGCGACGACUACGAUGACCUAAGUGAGGAGCAGGAGAAGUACUUCGAUGAAGAAGAGCCGGAGUGGUUGGUCGAAAUGGAUGAAAACGGCAAUCCAAGACUGCAAGGAGAGACUGGUGUUCAAGACUUCUGAAUGCUUCGAUUCAACUGCCAACGAGUUAUAUACCCGCUGGUUCCAGCCGUCUCAUUUGGGCCGAAGUGUGGAUAUUGAGCAUCUGCACACUUGAAAAGCUGUAUUUGGCUUUUCUGUUAGUGACCAUCUCGCCAUUGAGAAAUAAUUCUGAGUUGUCAGGCACCUCAGAAGGGUGUGAUCCCGUUUGGGCGUUUGCAAUACGCUGUAGAGUGAUUGAUCGAACACCUAGGAAAGCCAAGGAUCGUCAAUGCUACCGCUUGCGAACGAUAAAUGAAAGGAUGUCGGGUCGAGGGCUAGUUCCUUGACAAGCACACAUCCGAGCGGGCCAGACAAUUGGAUUUAGGAGCUCAUGGCUUUACCUGGAAGAUGGUUAUACAUAGUUAUACUCCGUACUGUUGCCUUGUUUAUCAGCAUGACGGUUGAUGCUGUUAACUUCUGAUGACGAUGAUGGCAGCAACAGAUCCUUAUGCAACAUUAAAUCACGAUGACAAAGACGAUUCUAGCUUC